AUGAAAUGGCUCGAACAUGUAAAAAAGCUUUGUUGAACAUUAAUAUUGUGAGAGAGAAAAGUUCAUUAGAGUUGGAGAAAAAAAAAGAUUAGAUCGAUUUGAACAAUAUAAAACAUUCAAAUUUAUGCCUUAAUUUACGUACACUUGAAAAAAAUGAUGAUAACUGAAAACACCACCCUCAUAAGCAUCUGUAUCACAUGAAAAACUUUGGCAAUAAACAAACAAAAACAAGGAAAAAGCACAGAAAUCUUCGACUUUUUCGCAAAUUCCUUGAAAGGGUGAGAAGGCAAGUGCGCUCCAGAGAAGAAAUGAGGCGCCAAAUUUGAAUUCCUCUCGUCGUAAUUCGUGACGCGCCGUUUUUUGUAUUUCUCUUUUUCUUGUAUCUCUGUUUUCUACCUUUCUAGUUCAGAUAUGGGACAGUUUUUCUCAAGCCCCGUGGCCUCUCCUACGUCUAGCAGCGAAAAUACUCCCAAAAGGACUCUGGAACUUGAUCCUCGUUCGCCGACAAAAACUUUCGAUCGAACUCCUAUCAUGUCAGUAUUUUUUUUUCAAAUUAGAACUCGUUUUAUUAAUAAAGCUCGAAAAAAAGUGCAAUUACAUUACAGGUACAAAAACGAAUCGAAGGAUCCUUCGAAUGAAACUCCGACUGGGCCGCAAACUCGGAAAUCUCUGCGCCAACAAGUUUUGA